AUGAGUUUUGGUAAAUCAAACACACACGCAACGGACGAUGAUUUUAAAUCACCGGUGACGAAAACCGAUGAGCUUCUCGUGACAAGCGAGCUACCCACUAACCACAAGGAUACUGACAAUAAAACUGAAGAUUGUCUAGAAAAUUCUAAGUGUCAGUCCGAUAAAAGCCCAGACUAUCCCCCAAUGGAUGGUGCAAUGAAGUUAAUGUCAGACAAAUCAUCGAUGGAAUCCGAGCAGAACUCUAAAGGUCAUGAAUAUGAGACCAUUGAUGAGGACACAUUGGAUACGAAUCCAAAGCAAUCGACUUAUCCACCACCACAGAUUCCGAUGUUAGAUCCGCCUAACAGAGCAAAGUCCACAUCAUCCCUCAAAUCAGUGCGGAUAGUGGACGUAGCAAAUUCUUACAUGGAUCGAUCAACCCCAACAACGGAAGAAAACAGACAGAUACUAUUAACAGGAAUCAGAAAAAACAUUUCCAUAAAAGAAAUCGAAACCAUACUGAAAUCGGAUUUACUUAAAAGAAGUGAUGACCUUGAAGAAAUUAAGGUCGACAGAGUUCACGGAGAAGCCGUUGUUACGUUGAAAAACGGAAGAGCUGCUAGCGAUGUCUUGGAUAAAGCAAAACGCUGAAGGGAAAGUAACAUUGCAAGA